AUGUUUGUUUAUAGACGUUUUUUUAAUCCUAAUAAUGAUGUAGCUUUCAGAAAGAUUUUUGCUAUAGAACAAAAUAAACCACUUUUAUUAAGUUUUUUAAACUCAAUAUUAAGACGAAAAGGUAAUAAUAUAAUUGAAGAAGUUAAAUUAUUACCUCAAAAUUCUACAAAAUCUAUUUUAAAUGUUUCUUGCUAUGAUAAAAGUGGAUAUAGAUAUAUUGUUGAAAUGCAAAACAAAAGAUUCAGCAUAUUUAUUCAGAGGUUGGAGCAUUAUAUUUCACAUAGUACUUAUUCUAAUCAACUUCAAAAUGUAGAUUAUUUAGAACUAAAACCAAAAAUUCUAUUAACUAUUUUAAAUCAUAAAAUUUUUCCUAAAGAAAUUAAAUAUAUUAGCUAUUAUUCCAAUUGUGAAGAGAAAACAAAUAAAUGUUUUUUACCAAAUAUUUCAUAUGCAUUUAUUGAACUUCCAAAAUUUGAUAAAUGUAAUAAACAACUUAAAACUCCUGAGGAUUAUUGGAUAUAUUUAUUAAAAGAAGCUGGCAAUAAAAAUGAACUUCCAAAAAAUGCACCUAAUGAAAUUCAAGCAGCUUAUAAAAUUCUAGAAAUAUAUAAUUGGAAUUUAGCAGAUGUUAAAAAUUAUGAAAAUACUAUGAUGGCAAUUUUAGAUCGUAAUGAUGAAAUUAUAACUGCUAUAGAAGAAGGUAGAGAAGAAGGUAAAAAAGAAGUUAGAGAAAUAAUUGAAUACCAACUUUUAAAAAAAGGAUGGUCUUCUCAGAAUAUUUCAGAUUUUUAUACAAAUUUAUUAGUUAAGAAAUCAAAUAAUUAA